AUGUUUAUUGGCCUUCUCUUCCUCUGUGCGGCUCUCUGCAACAACAAAGCGAUUCUUAUUGACUGCUCGUGGCAGUACGAAAACUACCGGCACUUUGCAAACGUGGUCUCUCUGCAGAGCGCUCUCGAGGGAAACGGGUUUCUGCCCAGCGAUAUUUCAGUCUAUUUCAAGGCAGACCUGCUGAGCGACAAGCGAAUGCGCGAGCCCUGCAUCAAAACAGACUACUUUACGCUUGUCAAGGGAAAGGACUACACGCCCAUAGCCCGCAGCAAGUCGUACUUUGAGAUUCUCAACAUGAUAUCCGGGCAGGACUCCAUUCUCCUGGGAGCGGACAGCAGCACAAACCUGCUUAUAUACAUAACAGGGCAUGGGGGCGACGGGUUUAUAAAGUACUGCAACAGAAAGUACUUUUACACAGACGACCUGACAGACGCCCUCGUCCGCUUGCAGAGAGUGAGAAAGCUUAAAAGUGUUUUAUUUAUUGCUGAUACAUGCCAAGCAGAUACCCUAAUAGAUAAAACGAGGCUUCCUUCAAACAUUACGUUUAUGUCAACAAGCUUAAAAGGAGAGUCUUCCCAAUCUACUACAUUCAGCGCCUCGCUAAAUGUGUUUCCAAUUGACCUGUUUCUAAUGCAUCUGCACCGUCUUAUAAAAGAGCAGAAAAUACGGGAGGCAGAGCCUCUUUCCACAAUUCUGGAAAGAGAAAUGCCCGUGUCCCUAGUCAAGUCAACAGUGUCUUUCACAGGGCCUGAUGUUUUUCUGCAUGACUUCAUAACCCAAAAAAGCAGUGCAGAAGGCUCCAUGUAUCUGUAG